UUCUUUUGUUAAUUUUUUUUAAAUUUGUUUUGUUUUUUUUUUAUAUUUAAAUUUAUAAAACUUUAACGUGACUGCAACGAUUUUUUAAAACUUGAAUCGAGAUCAGUUGGCAUCCCUUUUUGAAUAACGGCGCUUUUCGCGUUUGCCUUCCAGUUUUUUCUGUCCGCUUUGUCAUCCUUUCGUUGUCUUUUUAGUUUAGUCUAGCUAAAUUAUGGCGUCCCAAGCAGCGAAUCCAUCAAAGCCCUGGCAGCUUUCCGGAUUGGCUUACGGCAAAGGAAUUCCGGCGCUGUGCCUGCUACACCAAGAGAUCGAGCAGUUCUAUAGCUAUAUCCAGUCCACUCCUACGGAGUUCUAUUUGCGGGCGGAGGCAGUCCGUCGCAUCGAGGAGGUAGUUCUUUUUCUGUGGCCAAGCGCAUGCGUAGACGUCUUCGGCUCGUUUCGGACGGGACUAAAUCUGCCCAACUCGGACAUUGACCUAGUGGUGCACCAUGGUCAUUACUGGAACCCCGGAACCCCACUGCACGAGCUGAAAAGCGAAUUGGUGGCCCGCGGAUUAACGGAAAUGAGUUCCGUAAGUGUUCUGGACAAAGCCUCCGUGCCAGUGAUCAAAUUUACAGAACGCGUCUCCCGGAUUAAGUUUGACGUGACCUUAAAUGCAGCUGCAUCGGGUGUUCAGGCCGCAGAGUUGAUCAAGGACUUUAUGCGAAAGUUUCCCGAGAUGCCUAAGCUUGUGAUGGUGCUUAAACAGUUUCUCAGCCUCCAGGGGCUCAAUGAGGUCUAUAGUUCCGGCGGCGUUUCUUCAUAUGCCCUGACCCUCAUGGUCAUCAGUUUUUUGCAGCAGCAGGCGCGCAGUAACAAGCGCUAUAAUGUGAACAAUAAACUGGGCUUGAUGCUCCUGCAGUUUUUGGACUACUAUGGCCGCAAGUUCGACUUCUUCAAGUUCGGGAUUUCGGUGCUCGGCGAAGGCGGCUGUGUCGAGAAGGAGCGCCUGCGCUCUACGCUAGGCGAGAACAACUGGCAGUCGGUGCUCAGCAUAGAAGACCCGGUGACACCCACCAACGACAUCGGAAGGAGCUCUUAUGCGGCGCUGCAUGUGAUGCAGGGAUUCAAGGCCGCCUUCUUGAAGCUCUCCAAACUAGUGGACUCUGAAGCGUCGAAGAUCGUUGGCCCUAUCCUGGCCAACAUUGUGGAGGUGCCACAAAAUAUUGUCAACUACAGGACUUGGGUGCACUACAACUUCCAACAUUUAUUGGCCCCGGAAUCCUCUAGUCCUCCGAAUCCUGGUGGUCAGCCGCCGCUCUCGGGCACCUCCAACUCAGCCUCCGAAGAUGAACGCUCGGAUACCCAGCAGACAGUUCGAAACGGAUUCCGCCGAUGCGGGGACGGACCGCCCCAGAAUCUAGACUUAGAUAACACCCUAGCCAACCUCAAGUUGAACUAAGGAUAUUUUUAUGCUUAUGCUACCGGUGAUUUUACUUUUAUACUCUUACUUUUACAUUUUAUUUGCAUACUAUUAUGCUCGGCAUAUGAAAACUAAAAACGGAAAGCAUUAACAUAAGCUUUUUAUUUAUUAAUUAGCAGCUAACGUUCAACAAUCGAAUAAGAGAAAUACUGUCUUUGAGUAGGUAAUGACUGCUGCUUAUGUAUGUAAUUAUAAUUGACUUAAAACGGUCUUAUAAAUAUAUCUUAGAAAAAACCUUGUAGCGUAAAUUUUUUGACAUAUCUUACACUAUUAUUAAACGUAUGUAAAUAAUUUAUACAAUA